GUGCAACGGUAAAAGCUGACUGUGGUGCAGUCUCGCUCUUGCACGCUGCAUUUCGCUCUCGUCGCUUGCUGCGAGUGUUUCGUUUCCUCCGAUUAAAUAAUAUUUUGUAGUUUUUCCACCGAAUGCAGGCACAAUUGCUGCGCAAAAACACAAUAAAACACGCGGCCCAGGGUCCCAAAAGUUAAGGAAGCUUGAAAAACAACCAAAAGUGCCGUUUAACAUCGGAGAAAAGCAAAAGGACAAGCGGCGCAGCACAGUGAAAAAAACGUAGGGAGUUUUGGAGUGAGUGAGAGGGAAGGAGCGCCACCGCGGUGGUGGGUGUACGUGCGCGAGUAUUAGUGAUGUGUCCCUGUCCGUGUUAUCGCCACCAGCAUUAAAGUGCUCCAAUUCGUGGCGCACGCGCAUGUUAACUAGCGCUCUCUUGCUCUCUUUCUCGACUUAGAAGAGGAACAGGAUAUUUUAUUAUACUGAAAUUCGUACGCAGGAAAUUCGCAUAGUUGCGAAAGCUUCGCGCUGCCACACGGACGCAUUCCGCUACGGGCUCCCCGCACCACCCACACACUCUCACACCCGCCUGCCGCGAGCCCACACACACGCGCCCGCAAGCACCCUCGCGCACAGAUCAAUGAAAAGGCAAAAAAAUAAAUUGCACUUUUUCCGGGAACCAAAAACAUGUUGAAAUUAUCUCAUAAUUUACGCAAAAAAUGCCGCAGCAAAAAAGUUGCAUGGGAAGCCGUGAAUACGACGAAAGUGUGAAUCGAAAUCGAAACGAAAGGCAACGAAAGACGGCGGAGAAAGGAGCAAAGAGAGGCUGCAAGGAUGUACUGCUUCUCGAAAUCCCAAGCCAUUGACCACCGAACCAGCGAUAAGUCUCUAACAACAAAAACCCGCACCUAGCCAAUUGCGUUUUGCAUUUGCAUUCUCACUGCCCCGGAAGUAAAAGCAGCUUCAGCGGAAAUUAAAACAAAUCAAAGCCGAAAUAAAAGGCAACGCUAGCGAGCGAAAGAGAUAGACAUUUUUAGAGAAAAAGAGAGAGCAAGAGAGAGCUACCAAAGAGAGCAAGUGCAUCCUCUUCACAACGCGGCACACAUUUACGACCGGUGACUGCAACUAGCCCACUCCCACACCUCCGCCCCUCUCUUCAACCCGGCCCCAGUUGUCCCUUGCAAUUUGUGAUCUCAUGUUUUCAUAACUUGGGCAGCAGCCGUUGGCACGGAUUAGACGCAAAACGUCAAGCAUUAGGACGUCAGGAGGAACCCAGUUCCACAGUGCAGGAACACUCCACUCGCAACGAAACCCGGACUUGCAUUUUUAUAUCGCAUUUUUGUAAGGAACCAAAAGGACGUGUUCAGCAUUGACCAAAUGCCAUCGCUACCAGCAAGCAAAUACGGCAAUUAACAGAAGUUGCCUUCAAACGAAACCCCACCCACGGCGAGAGGAAGGACAGGAACGAAGGAAGCUAUUCCCAAUCGGAUCCCCACUAAUAAAUGCAGUGGAAGAAGAAGUUUACUCGAUUGAAAGCAGCUACUGGAAAUUCGCGUGUGCGAAGAAUGCUUUGUUGUGGACGCAGAAAGGAAAAUGGAAGAUCAGUUCCUGAUGUCACCGCAAGCCCGGGCCGGGCCCCACCCGGACCGCUGCCCGCCAACCAGAUGCCUUCGAUGGGCAACCAGCAACACCAUGGAAACCAGCAACAUCAUGGAAACCAGCAGCAACAUCAUGGCAAUCAGCACGGAAACCAUCGAGGUCAGAGCGGAAGUUUGUCAAACGCCGCCGGGGUCAAGGACCCGGUGAUGCUACAGGGCGAUUUCCGGAAAGUCAGCGGCAUCAGCUCAGAGAUCUUUCGGCAGAUAGAAGCCGUCGAGAAUGACCACGACCCAAACACGGCGGCGGCUUUGGAGGCGGUGGAGCGACGCGGUGAGAUGAUCGUGCGCGUCCUGGAGCCGCGUUGCAUGGGCAGCAAACAGGCGGUGGACGCUGCCCACAAGCUGAUGAACAAGGCGGACGCACGGCACACCGUUCAGCUGGUGGAAAUAGUCAAGCGGCCGGGUCAGACGCUGGGCUUGUACAUCCGCGAGGGAAAUGGGGCCGAUCGUACUGAUGGCGUCUUCAUUUCGCGGAUUGCACUGGAGUCGGCUGUCUACAACAGCGGCUGCUUGCGGGUGGGCGACGAAAUCCUUGCGGUAAAUCUGGUGGACGUGACACACAUGUCCCUAGACGAUGUCGUCAUUAUUAUGUCAAUUCCGCGCCGCUUGGUGCUGGCCAUACGUCAGCGGCGGGGCAAUAGAGGCACAGGAUCUCCUGGACCGCCGACGCUAUCUAGGCCAGAACAGAAGCCACCACCGGUUGUUGUUAUCAAGCGAGAUUUGCGGGACGAGGAUCUGGACGAGACGGACCGGAUGCCGAGGCCGCGCUCAUCACGUGACAGACGUACAGGAGAUGGUCGCGAAAUGACGGAAUCUCGUUCUCGGCUAGGUCUGGGUCUUAAUAACUACAGCCCGCAGUCCGAGCAGCUGGAUAUGUACUACAAUACCCGCGGCGGAGGUGGUGGACCCAUGGGUGAGCCUCCAAACUGGGGCUAUAAACCACCACCGCCACCGUCUUCGGUGAUUACGGAGCAACCCACAAAAGCACAUGCUUUUGCGCCAUCGCAUGCUUACUACCAAAACGCCGGCACUCUUGAAAGCUUGGCGGAGAAGGUACAUGCAUUCUACCCUGGACAGCCUGGUGGUCCGCCCGUGGGUCCCUCGAGAAGAAUGUCCACGGGAACUGGAAACGUUGGCCUCGCUCAACAACAUGCCAGAUUUCCGCGAUCUGGCUCAGAUCAGCAUUUACCUCGCGUAGAAUAUUCGGACUAUUCCAAUUCCCUGGGGCGGCAUUCUCUUCUGCGAUCAAGUUUAAAACCUGGAACGGCCGGUGGAGCUCCAAUGCAGGUUGGAGUGGGAGGCACUCUCGGCCGAUACGGCCGCUAUGAUCAACAGAGAACCGGUGUAUCCAAGUACGGCCCUCCAUCUGGUGGAGCUCAAUCGCUGACUCGUCGUUCCAGACCAAAUUUGGACUAUUCCAGCGAUACAGAAGCCACAAUUGGGCCCAGGCCAAGUUACUACUAUUAUAACAGACCUGCCAUCGGCAGUAUGUCGAGGGGAUCAGGUGGAGCAGGCGGAGGAGUUGGCGCAGCUUCAACGGCUGCCUUGCUGGCUGGAGCUGCUGAUCUCAAUAAAUUUAACUCAUUGCCCCGAGAGCGCCCCGGAACGAGACUGCAGGGAAUUCGUUCCAGAAUGGGAGAUCGUUUGGUGGACGAGAAUGACGGAAAUACUUCGGCACCCGAGUUCGAUGUACGGAGAGGAAGGGACUUACGUCAGCGAAUUACCGCCAGUCCGUCGAUAUUUACGGCGGAUGAAUACCGCGCCUGGCUCAGAAGGGCGCCUAGCAGUUCCGCAAUUGCGGAACAAAUGCGAAUGACGCGGGACAUGUUUGCCCAGCCACGGGCACAGCGAUUUUCGUGUAGCGCUGAGAACAUCCAUGAUGCACUGAGAAAUACGGAAAGCAUCUACUCCAGUAGAAACCAUAUUCUUGGAACGGGCACUCUCGAUCGGAACAUGGGUCUUACCCGACCAAUUUCUGCACUACCCGUGCGCUCCAUGUCCUCGCAGCACAUUGGAGGAGCGGGCUCCAUUCGUUCGCCUAGCAUACGGCGCAUGCGACAGUUACUGGAGCUUUCCGCUGGUCCCGCCAGUCCGAGCGGCAGUAUCUUGAGCACCGGUGGUCACCAGAGUCCGGCACCAACGCCAAGUGCGACCUUACCACGCCCACACCGCCAAAUCGACAUCAACCCGGCGGAGUUUGCCAAGUACAAGCUGGAUAAGCCCAUCGUCGAUAUUGGGGGGAUCUCCGGCAUGUUAUGGAUUCAUUUGCUAGCAGGUCGCGGCCUAAGAACCGCUCCAGAGGGAGCAGCAGGGGCGGCGACUCAGGGCCAAACCAGAGAUCUUUACUGCGUAAUCGAGUGCGAUCGAGUACAUAAAGCACGGACUGUGGUGCGAUCGGGUGACCUACAGUUUGACUGGGACGAGUCGUUUGAGCUUGACUUGGUGGGCAACAAACAGUUAGAUGUACUAGUCUACUCAUGGGACCCGCAGCACAGACACAAGCUGUGCUACCGAGGCGCAAUCUCGUUAUCGUCGAUCCUCCGUCAGUCUCCACUUCAUCAACUGGCCUUAAAGGUUGAACCAAGAGGUACGAUAUACAUUCGCAUGCGGCACACGGAUCCACUGGCUCUCUACAAGAGAAGGGGGCUUCCGAGCCUGAGAGCAGGUUACCCUACGCUCUUCGGCGCUGAUUUGGAAACGGUGGUGAAUCGGGAGUCUAAAAAUGCUCCCGGAAGUGCACCCGUUCCCAUCGUAUUGAGGCGCUGUGUGGAGGAGGUGGAGCGGCGUGGUCUUGAUAUAAUCGGGUUGUACCGACUGUGCGGCUCGGCUACCAAGAAGCGAUUGCUACGCGAGGCCUUUGAGCGCAAUAGCCGUGCAGUGGAAUUGACCCCGGAACAUGUUCCUGACAUCAACGUCAUCACCGGCGUCCUCAAGGAUUACCUCAGGGAGCUGCCCGAGCCGCUGUUCACGCGCUGUCUUUUCCAGAUGACGGUGGAUGCCUUAGCUGUCUGCCUGCCAGAUGACCCGGAGGGCAAUGCGAAACUGAUGCUUAGCAUUCUCGACUGCCUGCCGCGGGCGAACAGGGCCACCCUGGUAUUCCUUCUUGAUCACCUCUCGCUGGUCGUUUCAAACUCGGAGCGCAAUAAGAUGUCCGCCCAGGCGUUGGCCACCGUGAUGGGCCCACCGCUGAUGCUGCAUUCGGCGAGUGCGCAGCCGGGUGCUGACAUCGAUCACGCUCAGCCGAUCGCGGUGCUUAAGUAUCUGCUGCAGAUCUGGCCGCAGCCGCAGGCGCAGCAUCAGCAGAUGGCGCAGCACAUGGGCGGCGCUGCGGGGGCGAUGAUGGGCGGCUUGGUCACCGCCGGGAGCAUGAGCAAUAUGGCCGGUGUUGCUUCAGGUCGGCGCGGCGAGUCAACAGGGCAGCGUGGAAGCAAAGUCAGUGCGUUGCCAGCGGACAGACAGCAACUUCUACUGCAGCAGCAGGCGCAGCUCAUGGCGGCGGGCAAUCUUCUGCGCUCGUCCACUUCGGUAACCAACAUACUCUCCCAAGGCCAUCCUCAGCUCUCAGCCACAGCCAACAAUCAUCUGUAUCAAUCAGUAGUGGGUCAGUUAGCUCAAUCGCAUCGAGCCUUGCAACAAGCGGUGCAACAGCCCUAUCAAUUGGGGGGCUCAGUGGGCUCAGCAAUUCCCGACCCAUCGCCACUGCCACUUCCAGGCACACCCUCCCCCGGCAGUAGCUCAGCAUCGACGGGCUCAGGCUCCGGAUCGGGUAAAAGCACGGACACCAUCAAGCGCGGUGCUUCGCCUGUUUCCGUUAAGCAAGUCAAGAUCGUCGACCAGCCAUCCAGUCCAUACUCCAUUGUGAUGAAGAAACCGCCGCUGCAAAAAGAUGCGCCCGUUGAAAUCACCACCCCCACCACACAGGCGGAUACAGAGUCGACCUUGGGAUGCAAGGAAAGCAAUGGAACAGUUUCUCGAAGGGGAAAUGUAGACUUUUAUGAUACGCAUAAGGCGCAGGCAAAGAGUUCGGUAAACGAAGAGUCCAGCUACAGCUCCAAGUACACUGGCUCGGAGACCAAGAAGAUCAGCCUUGGCAACAGUAGCUACACUCCCAGCAAAGCGAAUGCCAGUGGCCUUUGUGGCGGCGAGGACUACAAAGCAAUGCGUAACAAGUCGAGCGCUACAUCCAGCUCCAGUUCAUCGCAGGCAACUGUUUUGAGUGCUGGCUCUACGGCCACAUCAGCCCCGACCACUUCUUCAGACGAUUCGGAUGACCUGGUCUCCUACAAGUCAUCGGCGUCCACAAAUGCCUUGCUGGCCCAAUCGCAGGCCAUGACCACCAGUCAGCUGAUGUCCAAGUAUCUUAAGCGGGAGCCACGAGUGCAGUUUACGCCAAUCAAGUCACCGGAAUCUCCCUCGCCACCGGGUAGCGGCGAUGGUCUGCCUAAGGGUACUUACCAACUAGUUACUCCUAUCUCGGGAUCGUCGAGCAAACCGGGUGCUACAACUGGAGCUAUAAGCAAGUACACCACCGGCUCAGUGGAAUCAUCUAUUAAUGCGAACAGCCAGAAGUUGUCAUCGCCCUCACGAUUGUGCAACAGCAAGGAUAGCAAUAGCAGGACUGGAACGGCCAGUAGUACGACCGCCGCGACCUCUAUGGUUUCAACAGGUCGGCGUUUGUUUGACAGCCUCGCCUCUUCAUCUUCCUCGGAAACGGAGACCAAGACGUACAUAGGAGGCACCACUGCGGCCAGUGGAGUCAUCACCACCACCACCUACACCAAUGACACCAAGAACUCCGGCAGCAGUAGCAGUAAGUCGGGAAUAGGAGGGGGGUCUGGAACUGGGUUGGGAGCAGUUUCGGGAGCAAGCUCCGAGACUCGAAGUUUCGGCAGUACGCUAUUUGGCAGUAGUGGCUUAGGUAAUGGCAAUGGAAGUAGCCACAACCACAGCGCCAGUCCAAGUCCCUUCACCACCACCAACGGCAACGGUAACCACAAUACUAUGCAUCUGUACGGCACCUUGCCCAAAAACGGAACAUCCACGGGGGCAGCUCUGUUUGGCGGGUCGGCCAACAGUUCCUCGUACCACUCUUCGGCGAGUGGAAGUGGAGCCGGAACCGCCAGCAGUAGUGGGGUCAGUUCUAUGACGGGCUCCACAAAUAGCUACGACUUCUACACGAGCACAAGCUCCAGUGUGAGCAGUUCGCGCCCCUUUGCCAACGGAGGCAACAACUAUCACACACUGGGAACCUAUAGGGCUCAGUACGCCGCCACUAACCCCUUCCUGGACGCCUUCGAUGAAAAGCCGGGCAGCAACGGGGGUAAUGCCCACGGGGAGGAGAAGCUAGGAGCGGACAAGGGCCACCACAGAGCGGCCGUUAUGGCCUUUCAGUCGUCAGGAGACUCGAAAAACGGUAGCGAUGAGUACGAUGACAUCAAGUGAGGAAGGAAAACGGCUAUAAAUGCGGUUAGGGGCAAGGAAUAUAGAUACAACUACGAUUAUACGCAUACAAUUGGCGAAAGUUAAAAAAUCUAAAAGCUAGUCUUCCUGAUUUAACCUUUCUUAGUUCACCUUUACCUUUUCGGUAACGAAAAACGAUCAACUGUCAAGUGCUCAACUGCAGUGCUCUUGAUUGAACUUUUUUAUUCCACUCUACGAGUUUUAUCGGAAGCAUCAAAGAAAUAUUACCCUUUCGCCAUUGCAUUGCGCGCGUACUAUCGUAGUUAUGUAACAACUAAUGCCACACAAUGCUGAAAGUGUUCUUUUGAAGUAUUUACAGUUUACAAAUUUACAACGUACGAUCGAUAAUUGCAUAUAACGCCCCAAUGACAUCCCUCUAAGCUUUAGAGUCUAAAGCUAGCAUAAUCUACAUACAUAAAAUUAAAUAGUGCCGAGCUCUGUGUAUGUGUUUAUAAAUACUUGUGAAAGCUUAUCCCUGGUAGCGUUAAAAGUCUUGAAGCGCUUGACAGUGGUUUGCAGUUUAGCUAACAUAAAUCCGAAUUCAAAAAUAUUUACGAACAGUAUUUUUAAUGAACUAAAAUAUACAUUGAUUAAAGUCAACAGCGUAUACAGUAAAUGACACUUAAGAAAAACAAAUAGAAGAACUUACCCAAAAGGUUGAACGCGCAUUUAAUUUUUUAAAAUACUCCUAUAUCAACUUACACCCCUCUGACAGACACACGAUUCGUUACUUAUACAUAUAUUCCAAUUUCGCAGUGGAAACUGUAUAUAAGGAAAGCUAUUACCAUAUAAUCUACCCACGUAAUCUCUUUUGUGAGCGUUUCAAUGUGACCAACUCUCUUAUCUGCAAAAGCAAUUUACACGACUAUGACAACCUGUCCAAUUAAAUAAUCUAUGACUUUUUGAGCAACAUAUUUGCCUAAAAUGUUUCCCCAUGCCUCUUUUAUAAAACUUAAAUGUGCGUAUGUGAUCAAGUAACGAUCGAACUCCCGAUUAGGGUUUCACAUAGCAGACACCACUCGCAAACUGACAUGCAAAAUACAAAUACAUGAAUUUAUUAUCGAAUCAAUGUGCUUAGUUUUUGUAUGAAACAAAGUCUGAUAUAUACACUAAUAUACAACGGUACAGUAUAAUAUUUCUAAACAUUUAAUCAUAAUUAUACAAACGAUGAAAAGAAUGUAAUGUUAAUAUAUAUUACUAAAUAGCAAGUAAAGAGCGCUUUGCGAUUAAGAAGUUUACAGCAGGUAUGUUUUCAAGGCUUUUUAAAACGUAUUAAUGACCAACUGUGCUUAACCCCAAUUGUAUAGGAAAUUACAUUUAAAUGACCCUAUAACGAUCUCAAUUUUAUAACACUUUAAAUUUAUAAUACUUUCGAAUGCAUAUGUUGCGGAACUGUAAAUACCCAAAAAGGAAUUUACCGAUCUCGUAGUCAAGUAACCAGUAAAUAAAGCUGGUUAUAGUCAUAGUGGUUGAAAAGCAGCCAAUACCUCUGAUUAUUUAACUCAAGCUAGACAGAAUCAAUCUAAGUAACAUACGACUAAAAUAGGAAAAAACAAAAAACCAAGAAAACAAAUUAAGCACUGAGGUUCAGAAAGAUUUAUGUUAGCUAAUAAAAAUGAAUAAUCAUUCGUCUUCAUGCAAGUACAACUUUCUUCAGCGACUAAAUAAAAUCAAUUAAAGUAAAAAGCCUCACUUAUUACUUCACAGUACAUUCAUUUCCAUAACUAAUCGAACUUAUAUAACCCACUUAUAUAACCCUUAAUCAAUAUUGCGGAUUAUUUGAUUUUAACAAUUAGUACGGCUUAUAAAGAUCGAUUGGGAACCCCAAAACACAAUAAGAUUUUAAAUAGUAAAUUAUUCGGUUAAUUGUUGCCAGAUUUAAUUUAUAAGAAUGGAUAGCAUUUAAAGUGUUAAACAUGAUUACCAAACCAAAGAGUUUAAAACCACAAAAUAGGCAACCAUAUAGUUGAGCAAAUUGAUUUUUAUAUAGUGAAUUGUUAAUUAUUGCAUAUAGCACGUAGAAUUUUUAACCAAAGUAAAAAGAAAUCGGAAGUUCAGGCGGGUUAGUUACAUAUUUUGUGGUGGUGUGUCUUGCUUGCCGCCAUUGCUGCCCAACUUCUUAAUUGAUUUUACGGUUUUAACUUCAUGCAUAACAACAAAGAAACAUCAAUGUUACUAAAGCUGUCGCCUUCGUUUUAAACACAAGUAAGACCCUAGUACCCCUAUUAGCUCUGCAACCCGGUUUUUAAAUUGGUUUAUCCCGAAAGCUUUAAUCGUUGAACGACCAGAAUUACACGGUUACAAAUUCUAUAAAUAUUCCUUAUAUACCAUAUAAUAGUAGCGGAGUUGGUGGAGGAUACUAUGACAGCACUUCGGUUUAUUUGCGAAUUGUUGUGGCUUCAUAGUCGUAGUUAGUUAGCACUAGAUGUAAAACGUGGCGGAGAUUCGAGCGUUGUCAGUUGGUGGUGGAAGAAGGAAGUGGAGGCAGCGACUGCAGUGGCAUCGGUUUGUGGUUUGUCGCUUGGAGCUACUUUUCUGGGCCCGAUCUUGUUCGAUAUCUAUUUGUACUUGUACUUAGAACUCUUAAGCAUACACUAUGGAAUAUAUAUCACUGUGUCAUAUCGUACAUUUAAAGCAAAUAACGAAAACAGAUUGCAGCUGAACGAAGUAGCAGAGGAGAGAAAAAUUGUUAACGCAAAGUAUUCGUGUAUCGAAGUAUGUAUACAAACCUAAAUUAAUAGCAGUCGAGCGGCAACUACAUAAUAUAAAUAGAUAAAUACCAAACUAAACAAACAACAAACCAAAACUCGAUUGGCGGGAAACCAAGUACUACAAAUUGUACAUGCAUUUAAUCUAGAAUAGCUACAACUAACUAAACACUAAUUAUCUGAUACUGAAAACCAAUCCAACUUUUAGCUGGCAAACGAAAAUGGCAAAUGAAUUGAUAAAUAUGCUAACCCAUUAGACAUUAAAUUAGUUAACAGUGAAUUAACAGAAACGAACUAAUUUAUUAAAAUGUAUUGCACAAUAUCGAACACUUAAACAUAUUAGAGAAAGUAACUAAGCCUACUACAGGUAAUAUGCAUACGAAUAGAAUCGGGCACAUAGGCAAAGUUGACAGGAUGCAGAUUCAGAUUGUGUUCAAAACCUAAUCUCCAAGUAAAAUCGAUCGAUUCCUCCCUGGUACUUUCGGGUAGUGAGAUGGGGGAUCUGUUGUACCACACGAUUUGGCUAGUUUCGAUAAUGCAUACGCCUAAUUAUAUGUAAAGAAUAAGUGUGUUUAAGUAUGCAUUAAAUGCCUAUACUUUCGUUUAAUUUAAAACUAAAAAUACCCUUUCGCACCCGCACCUUUGUAUACUUAAUUUUUGCCCACCUUGAUAACCCUUUGACGCUUUACGGGGAUUUUUGUUAUGGUUUUUCGAGCGGUUUGUAAGGAAAAGAUUUCUUCUGUCGAACUUAAUAAGUAAAUGGAGACCAAAUGCUCAGGGCUUUAGCAAGUUAUAGUAGGCGUAAUGUACAAAAAAACAAAGAAAUCAAGGGGAGACCCACCUAAAAACUAAGUGCAACACAUCAUGAGCAUACUCCAUCAAACGUUAAGGCGAUGCAUUUUAGUUGAAUCUUUAGAUCUGUCAUCACCAGCAUACGCUGCAGGUGCAACUCAACAAUAGCAACAUCAGCCACAACAAGAACAAUCCAGCAAACAAAUUUACAAAAUCCACGCAAUCAAUUUGUUGAAAAGACUGAAAACCAUAUAAAACAAAAGGAAGAAGGAAAACAAAAGUGAAUCAAGAACAUACAACUCCCCUUGCAUAAAGAUCGACAUCAAAACAAAAAUAUUCAUACACUAGCAUUUUGAAGAUCCCCAGUAUAAAAAGUCUCAGAGUUUUCCUUGUUUAAGCGGUCAAUUGAAAUGUUUUGGUGUAUUCCCUCCCUCCCUUUCCAGCGCAUCAUUGAACUUUAUCGAAGUAACUUAACAAAUCUAAAAGUAAUAGUAAAAUAUUAGCAAAAACAAUACAAAUAUUACCACCAGCAGAUUGCUACCUACUUAAUAUGCAAGUUUAAUAUAAAAAUGAAUUAAGAAAUAGUCUAACCAAUAGUUCAAAACCUUACGAAAAGGAGGAAAGUUUUCAUGUAGAGAAUUAAACAAUGACGGAAAGAUCUAUAGCAAAAAUAUCACACUCCUCCCAGGUAGUUGUGCAAAUUAUAACAAAUUAUAUAAUUAACUUCAUCAAACCGUUUUUAAAAACCCACCAUUAAAGGAAGCAAAAAAACCAAUGUUAAAAAGAAUCUACAUCCUAUUAAGUUUUUUCUUCCUUAUUUGGACCUCCUAUUAAUGGCAUAUGAAUACAACACAAACAAUUAAGCGUAAUGAACAUACAUAUGUAUAUAUCUCAAUAUCUUAUUGCGGAUCUCCAAACCUAUAACGCAGAUGCACGAAGAUGUUAAACCACAUCUGAACAAGACCUGAUCCAGCCAACUGACAGGUUCGCAAACAGCGAGGAUUCGUUAGAACGGAUAAUACUCUGAUUUACCACUGCCACAAAGAAGCAAACAAGUAAAUUGUAACGUUAAAAUAGAUAUAAAACAGGCGGUACAUUAUAAAGAUACUUUGCUAUUGCGUAAAUGAAAUAAUAAAUUUCACAAAGGCAUGGCGGAAGUUCAUUGCAUAACGCAAAGGCGGACAGGCAUGGAACGCCCGCGCGUAUGUGAUUGCCUAAAAAGCAAGUAAACUUAACAUUAUAAUUUAUUACAAACAAAUAACAAUAAUAAUUAUGCAUAACUACGGAAAACGGAAAGCAAAACGAAAUGCAAACUAAUACAUAAAUCGUUCCCUGCGUACGAAUAAAGCGAUGUUAAAUUAUUUAAUGAAAAUAUAUAUA